GGCAGAGCUUGAGCAGCCCUCCUGUACCCAGAGGGGAGGCAACUUGUACUCGUUGGCCAGGACACCAGACACAGUUUGAAGCCCUGCAAGCCCAGCUGCUGUGACUCCCUGACACUCAGACACCCCAGGCUGGCAAGCACCACCUGUCUCCAACAGACAUGCAUGCCAGCUGCAGCGCCAGCCCUCCCCGACCCCACAGCCCAAGAUGACAUCUAACAGCACCGGGGACAUACCUGGCCCCAUUCCCGCAGGCGCCCUGGGACUCUCCCUGGCCCUGGCGAGCCUCAUUGUUGCCGCCAACCUGCUUCUGGCCCUGGGCAUAGUCCGAGACCGUCACCUGCGCAGCCCACCUGCUGGCUGCUUUUUCCUGAGCCUGUUACUGGCUGGGCUGCUCACAGGCCUGGCGCUGCCCAUGCUGCCAGGACUGUGGAACCAGAGUCGUCGGGGCUACUGGUCCUGCCUCCUUCUCUUUUUGGGUCCCAACUUCUCCUUCCUCUCCCUGCUUGCCAAUCUGCUGCUGGUGCAUGGAGAGCGCUACGUGACAGUGCUGCAGCCACUGCGACCACACGGGGGCAAGAAGCUGGCUCUGCUCCUCACCUGGAUAGGCCCCCUGCUCUUUACCAGCCUGCCUGCCCUGGGGUGGAACCACUGGAGCCCUGGUGCCAACUGCAGCUCCCAAUCUGUCUUCCCGGCCCCCUACCUCUACCUGGAGGUCUAUGGUCUCCUGCUGCCGGCUGUGGGGGCUGCUGCUCUCCUCUCUGCCCGCGUGCUGGUAGCUGCCCACCGCCAACUGCAGGACAUCUGCCGAUUGGAGCGGGCAGUGUGCCGUAAUGCACCCUCCACCCUUGCCCGGGCCCUCACCUGGAGACAGGCUAGGGCACAGGCUGGAGCCACGCUGCUAUUUGUGCUGUGCUGGGGACCCUACGUGGCCACUCUGCUCUUGUCAGUAUUGGCCUAUGAGCAUCGCCCACCCCUGGGACCUGGGACUCUGCUCUCCCUCAUCUCACUGGGCAGUGCCAGUGCAGCAGCUGUGCCAGUAGCCAUGGGUCUGGGUGACCAGCGCUACACAGCCCCAUGGAGGCUGGCUGUCCAAAGAUGGCUACGGAUGCUGCAAAGAACCACCUCCAGGGACAGUCCAGGCCCCAGCAUCGCCUACCGCACCAGUGCUCAAAGCAGGGUGGAGGUGAACUAGAGGGGACGACCAAUGUUCAUCCAUCUCCGCCACAAAGCUUCUUCCUGUGCUUCUCUUGGAUCAAAGGCCCUGCCCCUAUGUGAGCCCACUCAGA